AUGAAGGGUCCCGUCUUUAUGUAUUAUCGUUUAACCAACUUUUAUCAAAAUCAUCGACAGUAUAUCAAGAACUUUGACUUUGAUCAGUUUUUAGGAGACCGUGUGGGGUCUGCUACUUUACGUACCAAUUGUGAUCCUUUGGCUUAUUCUAGUGAUGGUAAAGUCAUUUACCCGUGUGGACUCAUUGCCAACUCCAUGUUUAACGACACUGCCUCGAAUUUAACGUCGGUGGAUGCGACGGGUACGUACGAAAUGACGACAAAGGGAAUUGCUUGGCCAACGGAUAAACAGAAAUAUGGACCUACAAAGUAUCAAAUUUCUGAAAUUGUGCCACCACCCAAUUGGGCUCUGCGGUACCCUAAUGGUCAAUACACGGAAGAAUUUCCUCCGCCUGAUUUAUCCACCCAAGACCGUUUCAUGGUAUGGAUGCACGUGGCAGCAUUACCUGACUUUCGUAAAAUAUGGGCUCGUAAUGAUGACCAAGAUUUACCAGCAGGUCGAUGGCGCGUCUCCAUUGACAUGAAUUUUGACACGCUUCAGUACGGUGGUACAAAAUGGCUCGUGUUGUCAACCACCACAGCAUUGGGAGGUCGUAAUCCUUACUUGGGGAUCGCCUUUAUGUCCAUUGGUGCAUUAUGCAUUGUCUUGGGUAUCCUCUUUACUUUACGUCAUUUGAUUAAACCAAGAAAAUUGGGUGAUGAAUCUUACUUGUCUUGGAAUCAACCCGGUGGAGGAUUACCCAGUAAUUCUCGGGCUUUAGCAUUGCAAAGUUAUUGUCAAGCGGGUUAUAAACCUAUUGAGAACAAAGACUUACAAUUGGAUUUAACCCCACUCAACAGAGAGUUUGUUGUAUACCAGAACGAAUCCACACCACCCACAACCCUUUCCAUUGUCACUCAAUUAAAUUUAUGUGAGGCACUUCCUAUUCCUGAUGAAAAGGACAAUACAGACAUUUGUACAAAAGGAGCACUCAUUUGUAGAAAAACCGUGUAUGCUAAAAAGCUCAAAGAUGAUAAAGAAACGGAAUUCGUCGCCAUUGUACAAAAUAUCGCCGUGGAUGUGGAAGAAACUAACAUCAUGUAUAGCAAGUUAAAACCCGAAUUUAAACCUAUUGAUGCUGAAGCCGAUGCCACCAAGAGAACUUUUAACAAACAUGAUCAAUCCGCUUCGAUUACUUUAGAAUGUGAUGAAUCUCAAUCCCGUAGUGAUAGUAUCAAGGCUGGAGAAAAGGUACCUGAUCACAAGGAUGAUAAGAACGGAGAUGACAAAAAGAAGGAAGAAGAAUCAAAGGGUAUGUCAGGUAUGGGUAUUUUCUUUACCAUUGUUCUUGUCUUGGCUGCGGUUUAUUUCAUUGGAGGUGCAUUUUAUAACUUUAAAGUCUAUAAUGCCAGAGGUCGCGAUCUCAUUCCUCAUCUCGGUAAGUUUUAUUUUUUUUAG